CAGAGCGGGACGUUCCGAAUUUAGACCCGGAAGUCUGUCUCCUCUGCGCGAUCACAACUCCUGUUGUUUAUUGACAAUACAAAGUAGAAAUGUGUUGGUUAUGAUGCGAAGCGUCGUGUUGUUUAAGUAGAUUUGAGCUCAGGUCAAUUCUUUCCUGGAUAUGCUGAAGUCUAGUUGGCUCUAACUUCUGUGAGAGAUGGAGGAGCUCUACACUCUGGAGAGGGAGGUAGGACGAGGCAGCUAUGGAGUGGUGUUUGAGGGCCAUAUGGCCAAAACAGGAGAGAAGUUGGCCAUCAAGCGGCUGCCCUGCAGCAGCCCAGAGUGCAUUGAACUCUACCUGCAAGAGCUGUGGGCCAUGAGAGCCACCGCUAAGAACCAUGUCAAUGUCAUUGCACUCCACAGCUGUCUUCUGCAGACAGGGCCAAGGAGCCUGAAGAAACUAAAACCAGGCAAACUGCCUGUACGUCUGGUUGAGAGUGUGCUGAAGGGCAGUGUAGUCGGUGCACCUCAAAGUCAGGAAAGGAAUACUUCCCAGCCUAACACCCAAAGGAGGACUAAUGCUGUUUCUAGACUUGAAGACCGGACUAACACUGUCCAGGCGAGGGCUAAUUCUAAUGAGAAGACUAGAUCAAAUGCAUCUGAUUCUGCAACUCCCCAGAGGCCUCAAAACAGAGGCAGAAAGAGACCAGCUCAGAGUGAGGAAGAGCAGCCGGGGCCCCUGAGGUGCUUGGCCUUGUGGCUCGUGAUGGAGUACUGUGACGGGGGUGAUUUGAAUCAGUACCUGCUCUCUAGGCCCCCGGACGCCCAGCGUAAUCACAGCGUGGUGAAACAGCUCUGCAGGGCGGUGGCCUUCCUGCAUACCCUGGGCAUCACCCACAGAGACCUGAAGCCUGACAAUGUGCUGGUCUGUGUGACACCUAAAGGCCCCGUUGUCAAGGUGGCGGACUUUGGUCUGAGCAAGAUGAGUGAAGGUCUGGUGGAAGGUGAUCUCACCAGGCAGCACUUCUCCUCCACCUGUGGCUCCGACUUCUACAUGGCUCCCGAGGUGUGGGGUGGACUGACCUACACCGCCCAGGCAGACAUCUUCUCCCUGGGGGUGAUGUUGUGGGCUGUGCUGGAGAGGAUCACCUUUGUGGAAGAAGGGACAACUCAAGAACAACUGGGGGCCUAUGUGUGUAAGGGUCGCUCGGGCUGGUUGAUGCCGCUGGGGGAAGCUUUGUGUGAGAAUGCUGACCUCCAGCUGUGUAUCCCCAUGAAGUUUAAAAGAGCCCCCCCACUGCCACCCCCUCCUGGUCCAGCUGUGUGCACUCUGCUUUUAGAGAUGCUUGCUGUAAACCCGGAUGCCCGGCCCCCGGCAGACCAGCUGGAGGCCCGAGUGCGCUCUGCUCUGAAAAAGGACUCCCACUGACAGAAAGAGCGCUUAAGAGACUGUAAUGGUAUCGAGUGAUGUAGCCACUACAUAAAAAUAUUGACUCUGGGACCCCCUGGCCUCAGUGCUUCCAACAUGUGUAGGGAAUUACCACGAUGUGCUGCAGUCAAGUGGGGAUUACAGAUAUGAAUGAUUUUAUGGAUUGGCUAUCGUUUGUCGUAGAAACGGGAGCCGGAUCCAAUACGUGAGUUUAAAAACAACAGAAAGGGAAAUAAUAAAUGAACGGUAUACACUGGAAAUCAGAUGAGUCUAUUAAGUGAUCUAGUGGGACUUACUUUAGCUGUAUGCUGUUGCUCGGGUCUCGCAUGCUUGACAUAGAAAAUCCAUUUCAAUGGAUAUAUGGCUGAAAUGAAAGGGACUACAGCUGCUGCUUCUUGUCUGAGUCUGCAGCGCCGUAAUGAUUCUGUUUGAUCUAAUUAACCCGUUAUGUAGAUGUUGAGCUUCUACUGACUCAAAAGUGAAUUUUAUGUUCAUUUUUAUUUUCUGUUUUCUUUAAAGGUUUUUUUAUGUCUUUAUUUUAGAGAUAGGGCCGUUAAUAGAGUCAGGAAUCUAGGAGCGAGAGAGUGGGGAAUGACAUGCUGGAAAGGAGCCACAGGUCGGAUUCAAACCCAGACAGACCGCUUGGAUUACAGUUUACGUUCAUGGGGCUCACACUAAACACUAGGUUAGUGUGAGCGGCCGAAACGUGCUGAUUCUUUUUUUGGGGGAUUUUAUUUUUGGCUUUUUGUUCCUUUAAUGGAGAGACAGGACAGUGGGUAGAGCUGGUAAUCAGGGAGAGAGAGAGAGUUGGGAAUGACAUACGGGAAAGGAGCCACAGGCUGGAUUCGAACCCGGGCCACCCGCCUGAAGGACCACAGCCUUCAUACCACUUCGCCACCAGCGCCCUGAAACUUGCUGAUUCUUAACCAAAAUUUCCAGCAGUCUUAUAUGGACAACAUAAAAGCAACACGCCUCAAUCUAAUGCAGUCUAACUCCACCGCAGAGAACAGUCAAGAUGUAUAAUAUGAGUCAGCAUGUCGUACAUACAGCAGUGUUUGUUGCAGGGUUUCUAUAUAAAUGUGUAGUGACACAAAACUAGUUUUUUAUAAGCAUGCUAAUUAUUAGCAUACUGGCUGCUUAUUCGUCAUUAUUAAGCGCUUAGUAGUACAUUCUACAGUCUAUAGCUAAGAGGUCAGUUUGCCACCUCCUAACUAGUACUUAUUGAGAGUAAGGUAGGAAGUUGUUGAACAUGAAUUAUGAACUUAAUAUGCUUUGUUUAGUGGGGACCUUAUAAGGUAAAAAGCAGCCAGUAUGCUACUAAUUAGCAUGCUAAUAAUCAGCUAGUUAGAGAUGAAUAUUCUGACCUUAAUUUAAAGUGUUACUAUAAUUUGUUUAUGCAGACAUUUUUUUGGGGGGAUAAUGAUACAAACCAAAUGUUCUCGUCACAUACAUUUGAAUAUGACUUUAAUGUCUUUUUCUUUUUUAAGGUUUAGUGGUUUAUAAUUUCAUGUAUUUUCUUCAUGGUCACAGCGCAGUGCUGGGUAACAUGUAACAAUGUUUUACUGGAUUAUAAAAGUUGUGUCAAACUAC